CUCCACUAUGAAGGACUCAAAGAGACAUUAAGCUAGUUUGGUAUGUUUGGAUUGUCUCACGUCACCAUGGAGAUCAGGAAAGUGCAUCUGAAAUGCCCCGGGACAUUUUUACUGACCAUGAUGAUGUUCAAAUGGGGGAUAUUCUGUUCCGGGUCAUCUGAUUUGUGUGCAUCUUCUCCGUGUCAGAAUGGGGCGACAUGCGUAGAUACAAUGGAUGAUUACGUGUGUUUGUGUUCACGGGAAGGAGUACGGUACAUGGGGAGGGACUGUGCGGAGCUGUACAACGGUUGUGUGUUUGCUGAAUGUGAAGGGUGUGUCGGUGAACCUGGCACAGAGCACUACACUUGUCCAGAGGACAUCAAUGAGUGUGAAAGUGGGCCGUGUGUCGGUGCCCACUCUGAGUGUGUGGACGAGCUGAAUGGCUUCAAAUGUUUGUGCCCACCUGGUUUUGGAGGAGAGGACUGCAGUCGUCGCAUCACAGACUGUGUUGAUGAACCCUGCCUCAACAAUGGCACCUGUAGACGUAUAGUGGAUGGAUUUGAAUGCACUUGUUCAGACGGUUUUCGUGGUGAGACCUGCGAAGAGGACCUGGAUGAGUGUGAUUCACAUCCCUGUCAGAACGGUGCAAUCUGUCUGGAUGGGGCCAACACGUUUUACUGCUUCUGCGUACCUGGAUACCAAGGACACAACUGUGAGAUUGACAUUAAUGAGUGUGCAUCGAGACCUUGUAGGAACAAUGGAACAUGUAUUAAUGGGAAAGACCGCUACCUGUGUGAAUGCCUGCUGGGAUAUACAGGAGUGAACUGUGAGAUGGAGAUUGAUGAAUGCCAGUCAAAUCCCUGUCAAAAUGGAGCCACCUGUCUUGACCUAGUGGGGUUGUACACCUGUGACUGUGUGCAGGGGUUUGAAGGUUCCGACUGUGAAACCAAUAUCGAUGAAUGUGAGAGUGAUCCAUGUCAGAAUGGAGGAAUCUGCCACGACUUUAUUGAUAGUUAUGAGUGUGAAUGUGAAGGCACUGGUUUUAUGGGGGACCACUGUGAGGAGGAUAUUCCGGAGUGUGCAUCUCAUCCUUGCCAACAUGGAGCUACUUGUCUAGAAGCCAUUAACCACUACAACUGUUCCUGUUGGCCAGGUUUUGAAGGAGAUAACUGUGAGGUGGAUAUAGAUGAAUGUGCUGAUACUCCCUGUGAGAACGAUGGUGAAUGUUUUGAGAAGUCAAAUCCAGAACUCUGGGAAACGGACUGGGAGUUCACCUACGCCACAGCUGUGGGUUACGUCUGUCAGUGCCAACCAGGAUACACAGGAGAGAACUGUUCAGUGAACAUAAACGAGUGUGUAUCUGAGCCUUGUCACAAUGGAGGAAGCUGUGAGGAUUUGAUUAACGGAUACACGUGUCUAUGCCCGGAGGGGUUUGCAGGCGUGGAGUGUGAGGUUAAUAUAGAUGAGUGUGAGAGUGCCCCCUGCCUGAAUGGAGGUGUAUGUGAAGAUGGAGUAGCUGAAUACAAGUGCCAAUGUGCAGAAGCUGAGGAAGGUCACCUGCCAUGGGGGGGUCCCCAAUGCACUGUGCAGCUGCUUGGUUGCAUUGAGCAUACCUGCCAAAAUGGCGCCACCUGCUUGCCGUGGUUAGAUGAACAGACACAUGGACAUACUUGCCUUUGUCCUCCUGGUUUCUAUGAUGACAUAUGUUCUACACCAACCACAUUUUCCUUCUCGUCACUGAGGUUCUUUCUGAUUGAGGUUCCACCACUCGAGCGCAGAAGGAGAGACACAGAACACGAGCACCCUCUGGGGGUUCGUCUGCGCUUCCGAACCACUCUGCCGGACAUGCUGCUGUUCUUUCGUGGCAAUGCUGAGCUCUUCUUAUCCCUAGAGAUUGUUGGGGGUGAGCUGCAUGCUAAGGCAAUAUCUAAGGAGGGAGGGUCACUGGAGGCACAAUUACCAGGGCUUGUAAGUGAUGGAGGUUGGCAUGAGGCAAUGGUGACCAUUGAUGAACAGGAUAUCAGACUUGUGCUUCAGGUCAAAGGUCCAGGCUGUGACAAUCAAGUAUGCAGAGCUGAAGACAAGCAACCAAAUGAUCAUGAAAUUUUCUUGCACCACGAGACGUUCACAAAGGUAUAUGUGGGUGGAGUACCAGAGGAGUACAUGGAGCUUACAUUGAGCGGCCAUGGCUUUUUGGGCUGUAUGGAGGACCUACAGAUUGAUGGCCAUCCUGUCCUGCCCCAUGAUCUGGAUGACAAGGAGGAAAGUGUAGAGUUAGGCUGUAUAAAGACAGAAUGGUGCGAGGUGGACCCACAUCCUUGCUCUCAACAAGGGCACUGUGUUGACCUCUGGACGAGCUACCGCUGUAACUGUUAUAGACCACACUAUGGACAUGACUGCAGCCAAGAUUUUUCCUCUUGGACAUUUGGUCAUGAGAAUUCCACAAGCUUUCUUCCAUUUGCACUGCUGUCUGAUAUUGGCAGGAACUUUAGUGUCUCAUUCUUCCUACGAUCACUUAAAUCAAGUGGAUUAUUAUUUCAGCUACGAAGGGCAGGCCUUCAGGAGACCGAGGGAGAUGAUCCUUAUUUUACCAUGUACCUGGAAAUGGGACGAGUACAGGUGACCUCUGUAGCGGAGUCACCCACCCUAUCAUCACCAGUGUUUGUCUGUAAUGGAGAGAAGCCACUGCUUCAGUUGGACAUACAGGAGGGUCAGGUAUUCUUUAGUCAUGGAGGAUUGCGCUAUAGGCUUGGCUCACUGCCUGACAUGGAAGUUUUGAAGGGAGACCUGGUGUAUGUUGGUGGAGUACCAGGUGAAGAGGGUGCAACGGAUUGGGGUGGGCACUUUAAGGGAUGCCUGCAGGAUCUGAGACUAGACGAUGUGCAUCUGGAAGUGGAAGCCUGGAAUAGUACCCUCAGUGAAACUAUAUAUUUCUCCAGUGAUGCAGAAAAUGUGCUACCUGGAUGCAUGAGUGAUGACACAUGCAAGGUGGAGCCUUGCUUGAAUGGUGGAGAGUGUACAGUCACAUGGAAUGACUUUACUUGUUCCUGUCCACGGGAUUUCACUGGAAAGACAUGUGAAACCAAAGUUUGGUGUGUCAGCGACCCGUGCUUAAAUGGUGGACGCUGCAUGGAUCUGUUGGAUGGUUUUGAGUGCAUUGCUAAUGCAACCUUUGACAACACACCCUUACACUACAGUGCUAAGGGAUCUGUAGUUGACCCAGUGACCAAUGUUACCAUGGAGCUCCGUACAAGGCAGGAAAAUGGUGUGCUACUUCGUGCAUGGAGAGGGGUGGAACUUCUACUGGUUGGUCUGUUGGAUUCAGCCAUUUAUGUGGAGCUUCAUACAGAGAACAGUGUGGAGCCAGUAAAAUUCUCUGGACAGAGACACAUUGCAGAUGGAACCUGGCAUCGCCUGCUUGUUGCCAUGGCCAACCCAGAGCGUGAUGCAUCACAGUGGUUGGUUUUGGUGGAUGGCAUCAUUGAUGGUAGCAGUGCCCCAGUGCUUGCUGGUAGUUUAAGUUUUCUUAAAGACUUGUCAAGUGAAGUUGCACUGGCAGAGACGUACACAGGAUGUCUAGGUGCUGUCAGAGUAGGUGAGGUGUAUCUUCCAUUUGUAGACAAUGCCAAAUCACCCCAAACAUCUCGGUUUUGGCGGAGACAAGAUGAGCGUGUGCACAUAGGGUGCUCCGGGGCUCCAGUGUGCCACUCUCAUCCUUGCAGGCGUGGUGGUACAUGUGUGGAUCUCUUCAAUUCUUUUGGCUGCCAGUGCUCACCCGGCUGGGAAGGGAUCACCUGCGAGAAAGAAACAGACGAGUGUGUCUCAGGACCCUGUCUCCAUGGCAAAUGCAAGGACAAGUUUAAUGGGUUUGACUGCUUGUGUCACCCAGGAUAUGCUGGACCUACAUGUUCGGAAAACAUAGACGACUGCAAAGGAUCGGAGUGUAAGAACGGGGGAACCUGUGUGGAUGGAGUUAAUGACUACACCUGUAUCUGUCCCCCUAAGUACAGUGGAACACGUUGUCAGUAUAACUACCCUCCUCUUAAAUGUCAACUGGAUUUUGAAUGUGAAAAUGAUGGCAUUUGUCAUGACACUGAGUGGGGGGCAAACUGCUCCUGCCUUCCAGGAUUCACAGGAGACAGAUGUGAGAGAGAAAUGGAUGAGUGUGCAUCUAGCCCAUGUCUAAACGGUGGAUCGUGUCUGGAUCGGCUGAACCGGUUUCAAUGUUUGUGUCCAGCAGGAUUCAGUGGGCAGUUCUGUGAAACAAAUAAGCAGGCUCAGCAAGAUCAUAUACCAUGGCUGGCGAUUGCGGUUCCAUUGGUAUGUGGCUGUAUCCUCUUGGUGGCUAUUGGUCUCAUUUUCAUGUUGAUGACAGCACGCAGGAAGCGGCAAUCAGAAGGAACUUAUUCCCCAAGCCAUCAGGAAGUUGCAGGUGCUCGCCUGGAGAUGGAUAGCAUGCUGAAAGUACCACCUGAAGAGCGUCUAAUUUGAGACAUGUGGACAAGGUGACAAAAACAGAUAUAGACAAGGGGGCUCUAAUA